AUGUUUUUGUGGCAGAUUACUUCCGAACCAGCUUCCAGGUCAGCAAGAUGUCUGUUCCCUGAUGAUCUAGGGUCAGGUCCAGUGCCCACACAACGUCCCAUCAAGCAGGAGCCUAGGACACCAGAGAAACGCUCCUCUGGCUUCAACGUCAGCGACAUCAUCAAGAAGGAGCAGAUCGACGAGAGUGUCAGCUCAGAUGACAGCGGCACUGAUGCACUUCAUAUUGCUUUUGAUGAUACAGAGGACACCAUCACAUCAGCUUCUUGUGACACACCCAAAAGUGACACCAUCGAGAACAUUGCCAAACAAGCAUCUUUAUCAGAAGCAAAGAUAGUACCUACACCCCUAAUCAGCGAGUAUCCACCACCCUCAAUGCCUGGCUACCCCUAUGGAUUUAUCCCACCCCAUGCCUUGUACCCCAUGCUCAGCUCGGGGAUGUAUCCAUCUGUCUACCCAGGAUUCAUGCCGUAUCAACCUCCAGUCCUCCAUCACAUGAUGCCACAGAUUCCUUCAGUACAUCAAACCACAGCAUCCCCUAUCCCUGGAGCGCAUAGUAUGCAAGAAUACUACAACAAAGUUGAGGACAACAUGCACUCACAUCGCAGCCCAAGUCCUGCCUCUAGCCAUGCUUCCAGUGGUGUGUACAGCGAUCCGAGUCCAGUGCCCAGUCCCACCAGAUCAAACCCCAGUGUCCCGUCCCCCGAGAUGAGCCCUGUCGCACAUCAGAGAAUGCGAGCCCCGGGUGGACGCACCUGUUACAACCAGACACAGGUCCGGGCAAUGGAGAAGGCUUUCUCCGAGUGCAAAUACCCCGACUACGAAGUGUUUGAGGAGAUGUCAUCGAAACUCAAUAUUCCCGCCAAGAAAAUAAAGGUCUGGUUCCAGAACAAACGUGCUCGCAGCAAAUCCCGCACCCAUACUCCUAGUGUAUUGACACCCGGGUAUGGCUAUAUGGCACCAAGUCCCAUGAUGACCUUCCCAUACCCGGUCCCCCAGGCUUCCAUGAUGCCAAUGUACCCUGGGUAUCCCUACCCAUCGGUGUUCGCAUCGCCCAUGUGCUGAAUGAAUUAUGACAUUUAUCAAUGACCAUGAAGUGCUACAUGUACACAUCUAUGAUUUGUAUAUUUAUUAUUAUUUAUUUGCUUAUGAAUAUGUGAACAUAUUGUGUCAAACCAUAUGG